GGUUGCAUGUUAUUGUUGGGGCGCCUCACGCUCGCCAGGUCCUGUGAGCGGCAGUCCGCCCGCAGCUACUAUAAAGCUGUCACCCAACAAAAAGCGGAGACUGUUCAGCACAAACCCAGCUCCAACAAGCAAGCAAGCCAACAUACCUCCGACCCCAGAGCAGGCGCAAAUUGCGUACAGCUCCCCCAGGUGUAUUUAUUCUCUGAAGAAUGACGGAAGUGAUGAGCAGCUGUGAGCCUGUAAUGGAGGAUUUUACUUUAACCCAGACACCAGAAGAGGGAAGACUCCCCUUUCAGAUAUUUCCUGAUCCCCAUGAAAAAUCUGAAAGAUUUCCUAAGGUGACAAAAAGGCUGCCAUCAAUUGUGGUUGAACCAACUGAGACUGGCGAGGUGGAGAGUGGAGAGCUCCGAUGGCCUCCUGAUGAAAUGAAUGUGUUAGAGGAUGUGGAGCAUCACCAAAGUGAAUUAAAAUCCAAACCAAAAAUACCAGAGGAUGAGGAAGAAGAUAUAUUAUCACCACCCAGUCAAAUACCCGAAAUCGAAAUAGACUAUUCUGAUCAAAGAACAUCAGAAAACUCAAAUGACAACAGCUAAAAGCUGACAUGACCCGACUGGAACCCCACUGUGAAUGUUUGGUCACAGACUGGAACCUGGUAGAGAACCUCGAAAGGGAUUUUGAGUCAAAAGACUUGUUUGUCAAACGGCUUCAUCUGAAUGUUUUGCAGUUACUUGAAUUUCUGACAUUAUUUAUAUAUAUGGUGGUUGAUGUUACAUAGAGAUAGUAUUUAUUCUUUACCUAUUGUCUAUGUCUGAAAACCCCUAACAUUAAGUAUACAUUUAAGCAUUAUGUUCAUAUUUGAUCAGCAACAUCUUUAUUUGCCUAUAUAGCUACAUAUAUAGUAGCUAUUUUUUCUCUUCCUGUUCUUCUAUGUCAAUCACCAAACUUGAUCCAGAUAUUAGAUUGGAGUAAAAUAUUCAUUAUUUGUAAGUAUUCAUUAGUGUUUCACUCAUUAUUAGUGUAAAUGUGAAAUAAGUGUAAGAAAAGGCAGACCAAACAUAUUCUGUCAUAAGAAAACAAACUAGUAUUGUUCACUUAGGUGUAAACACCAUGGAUGGAUUUUGAGUUUUGGAAUGCCAGAGGCGAUCUGGUGGCCAGGUUCUGGAAAGUUACAAUGGUUAAACACUGUGAUUUAUGAGCCUAAGAUAAUGUGGUCAGAAAUUAAUUAGCAAUUUGAGAAAAAAAAACUAAGUCUGAGGUCUUGUUAUUCUAAACCUUUUUCCAUUUGCAAGUUGACACAGUACAGCCUGUUCCCAGGCAACAGGAGAAUUGAAUAGCAUUGAAAUGAAUGGAGAUAGCAGAGGAAAAGUAAUACAAGGGCAUAUUGAAGAGCACUAUGUCUAAACUGUAACGGAAGCCCAUCACAUAUUACUUGUGAUGUUUUAUAUGGAAAGUGUCUUUCAUGUUUAUGGUACAGUUCAUUUUGAAAUCGAAUCAUUCAGUUUUCUUCAGCAUUAUUGCAAUUAAAAUUGUAAGUUUAUUAUUUAUUUGUAGAACACAGAUGAAAAGGUGGACAGAUUUUCAUCCUUCUACAUUUAGAUAAUAUUCAGUUAUAAAAGGUGUUAUCACCUCGAUAUAUCUUAGAUAAAUGAGAUGGUAUCAGAUAUAGGAGAAUACUUUGAAAAAAUUCUGAGGAAAUUCAGAACUGUGAGGACGUAGUCUCUUGGAAAUUGUGUAAUCAUUAAACAGUGCUAAAGGUGCCUAAUGUGAGCAACACUGAAUUGAACUGAUAGCAAUGACAAUGUCAAGGGAGCACUGCUAUGGUGCUAUGUUACCAAUUGCAUCAUAUCAGUUUAAAAAUUCAAAACAUAAUGCCAAGGAAGCUACCCACCCUGUUCAUGUACUCCUGGAAUUCUCACAGAUAAUGUUUUCAUUUGGAACUCAAUCUCCUGUAUUCAGAAAAGCAACAUCACAUUUCCAUGUCAGAAUUGCCACCUAAAAUAUAAAGAACAUGGAAAUUCCAAAGCAAUUCUCUGGUUCUUCAAAAAAUACUUAUUGAGUUUUUUGGUUAGAAAGAAGGAAAAAUGCUAUCCUCUGAUUAUACAACUCCUUCUGGUACUUAGACUUGAUUUGAUUAUGUUGGCAAGGCUAAUAGAAUUUGAUUUAACCAAGACCAUUGAUGUUUAAUGCAGCAAUAUAACAACCAAGAAUGUAAUUGUGUCAGUAGCAGUCAAAUCACAACUUAUUUGAGUGAUCAUGCAUCUAUAUUGUUUACUGAGAAUUAAAUUAGAAAGGUUUGAAAUUCUCACUGUUCAAUGCUCAUUAGUCAAUACACACAGAUGGCAACGAAAUGAGUUCUGUACCACAGGAAGAUUAUUUUGUGUUACAUAACAUUCACCUCCAAUGGACUCAUCCACUUGUCAUGUUUUGAUUCUGUACAAUUCUGAAAUUUGGAAUAAGAAGACCAGUAUUAUCUGUUACUGUGUAAGUUUGGGUUGAAGAUUUCCUUGAAAUGUUUGAGGUCCAAAAUUCUUGUGCCUUCUGAACAGGAAAAUGACACAAUUUGAGAGGGAUGGGGGCAAAGCAGCUUCAGGUGAACAUUUGUUCUGUCUGCUCUUGAUGCCUUGCAGUUUGGGAUUAGAAAUUCUUUGGGAAGUAGGGUAUGGGAAUCUUGCACCCAUCCUUCUCCUCUUGCCUUCCUGGACUAAAUGCUGACAGAAAUGGAGUCCAGCUGCUUUUAACAUGUCAGUUUCCCAAUGGGAGAGCAAUACAUUUAAAUUUUGGACCUUUUAGCCUUCUUUCUUUUAAAUUCCAUCUGUUUCUACCGUGCUGUAGCUAGGUGCUACAGUGAAAUUCCUCCCCCUUUCUCUACUGGGAUGUGUUCCAAUUUGCCAAAAUGGUGCAGGAAUCCAUAAAAAGUAUGUACAUUGACUGACUCUGUGAUUUCUGAUGGAGCUUCAAUAUCUGACCAGAGGAUGGGCAGAAGUGCUGAACUCUGCUGCACAUUUGACAAUGCAGAAUUACAUCAGAAUGUUUGUGUCCACUGCCGAUUUAUAUGAUGGUUAUAUUUGUACCAGGCUUCUGAUUCCAUCCUCACAUCAUGCUGGCGAUGUCCUUUUAAUGAUUUGUGGUAGAAUUUAACAUAUUCUUAGGUGCACUCUCAGUUUACAUUGUCACGCUGCUGCUUUCAAUUCUUUAAUUCUUUACAUCAACAUCAUCGAUUUGAAUGCUUUCAAUUUAUUAUACCUGCUAAUAAAAUCUAACCAUGAUCCUUUCACAAUUGUUGGAUUCAUUUUCCACUUGUGUAACAAUAUGAACGUAACUUGUGGCAUCUGUAGUGUGCUUCCUUUUGCUAAAUGUCAGCAGUCAUAAUAGCAGGCUGACAUUCCUUGCAACCUGCUUUUCAAUGUUUGGUCCAAGUGGUGGAUGCAUGAAUGAAUGUGUCUAGCUAAAAGAGCAGAUUGUCUGUAAAGUGCAAAAGUUAUUUCAUUCUUGCUGACCAACUGAGAAACCUUGCCUUUGUUGGGCAGGGCUUUAGCUGGCAGUAACCACCAAGUUCACAAAUGCACAAAGAAAAAGAAGGUGUAAAUAUCAAACAUGUAAAUUGUAACUCUUGGUGGCUAAAACAUCUGUGAAAUGCCUGCUGUCCUACUAAACCGUGGGCAUUAUUUUUCCUGGUAGUUGAUAACCAUUUGCAUACUUUAAGAUACACCAUGGUAGCGUGAUAAUGGGAGAAGGGCAGGGAUUCUGAAUGAUUGGAUAGUCUCCCCCCACGCAUUGUUUCAAAUUAUAUUAGUAUCCAAAAAUGGGGCACUGUUUCAAUCAUUAGUUGUUUCUAAAGCACUCACUCAUUUUAGUGAGAGAGCUAUACAUGCCAGUUUUAGCAAUAGAACCUCAUACAGCAACAGAACACAUAACUCAGUCCUCAAUUAUGUGACUAUUUUAAUUCUGUACCAGCCUUUAUAAUAGAUGUGCACAUUUGUGAUGCUGUACUUGAAAAAACAAGUCUGACUUUGUUUCUAGUAGUUUGUUUAGCAAGAAGUAUAUGUGCCACUUUCUUGUUUCUACAAUUCAACAACAUUUCUGAUACUCUGCUGAGCUGUAAUUACCACACAAUGUUUUGUGCAUAUGGUUUCAAAAUAAAACGAAUUAGAAAA